AAUGGCCAACACGGAAACACCAAUAUAUUCCAGUCCAAAACCAGAAGCUCUGAGCUUUAAGGAUGAGUUCCAUAUGCGCCGAUUUUGCCUAGACCACGAAAAACCUCUGGAGUUUCUGUAUUCGCAAUGGCAGUCUAAACCAAAAAGUCUAGUCUUUCUUAUAUAUCGUUGGUUAUUUGCUGGCUUCUUCCUCGCAGGGGUAAUCAGUUGCAUUUACUUAUUUUUUUGGCACGGACAUUGGUUUGUUUACUUUACUAACUGGGGAUUUCUCAUGUGCGGCAUAACAAGUGCGACGAGUGCGAUAUUGCUCACUUUUUACCACUGUUCAUCGGAUUUUUGGUUACCUCCGAUCCCAGUAAUCAAGUUCUACUGGGCCUGCUACUGGAUCACCACAGUAGUGGAAUUUUUCAUUGGAAUCAUCUAUUGGGCUGUCGUAUUUCCCUUCCGGGAAACGCAUACUCAUAACAAAGAUGCGCUCGGUGGAGUGUAUUUGGUUUGGACACAUGGCUUGCCAACCAUAGUGUUUACCAUCGAUCACUUUUUGGUCGCCCAACCGGCACGUUUUCUUCAUUUCAUAUACCCCAUUGGAUUUUGCGUUCUCUACACUGUUUUCACCAUAGUGUACUUUUUCCUGGGGGGCCUCGACGCAAACGGUCGAUCCUAUAUAUACCAAGUUCUUAACUAUGAAAAGCCAUUAAUAGCUGCCGCGUCUGUAAUUCUGUCACAUAUGCUAGUAAUAUUGUUGUCUAGCUUACAGUACGGGGUAUAUAGAUUAAGAACCUGUUGCGCUCGCAAGUACUUCAAUGACCGCUGAAGUCACGGAUAAUGCUGAACGUGUUAAAGUUCAAAUCAAGGUUUAAGAUUCAAUUUUUGUGGUAAAAAUAAAUGCAUUAAGUAGCAGCUGUAGAAAAACUUGGCUGGUUCGUAAGCUUUUGUCUGU